AUGAAAACCAAGAAGAAGAAAAAGAACAAGAAGAAGAGUGGAGAAAAAACCAAAACCAAAGGGAAAAAUCUCUUCCGUUUGAACUGCGAAGAGGCAUCGCAUCCCUCCUCUCUUUCUCUUCGCAUUCUUCAAGCCAUCUUAGGGCCGACAUCGAUCGCAACAAUACCGAGAUUGAACAUCUUUCGAGGUCGAUGAUCUCCAAUCGAAGCUCCAACCGGCCGUAUUCAUUCGCGGUUUUGAUGAGAGUCGAUCAGACCUCGAAGCAAAAACAAUCAUCGGAUUUGAUGACCCCGGGCUUGAUAUGUCUCCGGUGUUGCUAGCCUCACGACCUCCGCUACAGCCUUCCUACGACGCUCGCGCACUGCAUAAACCUAAUCCUGAAGGUCAGAUUGCUACUAUUUUCUCAUGUAUUUGUUUUGAGUUGUUUAGAGAAUACCUAUCAAGGAACAUGAAUUCAUCCAAUGCGAACGCUUGGCCAUCUGGCAAGCCGGUGAUUGGCUCGGCUUCGGGCCGGACCAAGUCGAGAUUGGUGAAAAUGAGAAGACGCGGGGGAUCUCCCUGUUCGACGUCGAAUUUAGCACCGGAAGCUGGUAAAACUGACGUUCGUUUGAACUCAUUUCCAUCCAGUUCUGAUAAUUUGGGUCCGUACCAAUUCGGAGAGGAAACUGGUUGUUCAGUCGUUGGAAAUUUUGGGUCUGGGAAUGAUGGUAAAGAAACGUUUGUGUUUGGGGCAAGCCGGGGAAAAUCAUCCUCCAAUAUGAGUUCCAAUAAUGCAAAUUCUGAUGGAUUUAUAGAAGCCAAAGUUAUUCAUGACAUGAGAAAGCUGAAAAUUCAAAAUCAACCACAUACCGUUAAUCAAAUUUUAAAGUUAAAUGAGAGUGAUACAGUGACUGCUAGUCGUGCUGAGGGGAACAUGGGGUUUGCCACACUUGACCGCCUUAAUAAAAGAAGUGGUGUUGACGACAAUGCAGUAUCUGAACUCCCGUACGAAAUGCAAAAAUUGAAUAUUGCAUGUUCUGGGCCUGUUGACAAUAUUAGUAACGUUAAAGACCUGAAUUCUAAUUUAAAUGAAAAUAACAAGAUCGAAUUUAGAUUUGGAAGAUGCUUGGAAGUGGAACUUACGGAAGAGAUGAAGAAAUUGAAUGUUAAAGAUGCUGUGGGCUAUGAUGGCAGUGGAUAUAAUUACGAUGUUGAUGAUGCAAAGCAAUUUAUGUUUGGAAACAUUAAUAAGGGCCGUGGUCCUUUGGCUGGGAAUUCAGUUAAUAUGCUUCCCGACAAGAUGAAAGAUUUGAAUAUAAAGGAUUCUGUGAAUGCUUAUUCUGGUGAGGAGGGUAAUUUUAGUUUCGGUGACAAAAGUAGCUUUUCUUUUGGAGGCGGUAGAGGUGCUUCAGGUGGUAUAAAUGGAAGAGCAGAAAAUUUGAUAUCAGAAGAGAUGAGGAAGUUAAAAAUCGAAAGGGAGGCAGGGGAUAAUAUUGUUCAAAGACAGACCAGUGGUCACUCACGUGUAUUAUUUCCAGGGGAAAUGCUUGGAAAUCUGGGGGAUAAGAAAUUUCAGGAUGUUAAGAGCCCAAUUACCACUGAGUUCACUUUUCAGGCAGUUCUGAAUGGUCAAGAUAAGAAACUGGAAUUCCAUGCGAAUAGGGAAUCAGCUAAAGAUGCCAGGUCGAAGAAAAAAAGAGGAAAGAGGAAGCCUACCCCAGGGCAACAGCGGUUUAGGCAAGAUUAUGUCCAUAGGGAAAGUAGUCCAGGAGUACAACCUGACUCUGAAUCAUAUUCUCCUAUGGAUGUUUCGCCAUACCUGGAGGUGGUGGCUGAUAAUGAAGGUUCAAAAGAAACUUCUGUGACAUCAGAAGAGGCAUUGCAUUGUGACCAUAGCAUUGCCUCAAGUGAAUCACACCCAUCCUUUUCAAAUGAAGAUUUAGAUGAAGAUUUGGUUUUUGCAACACAACGCUUGAAUUUUAAUGAAGGCGAUGACAAAUUCACUGAACCAAAUAUGGAACCUUCUGAAUGUGAAUUUGAUAGUGCCUUUGGUGGUGAAGACCCUUCAAAGGGGUCUAUUUCUAGAUCUGAAAGCUUUAAGUCAGCAGCUGGGCUAUCGGACUAUAGUUGUGAUACCUUUGUAAGCGCAGCAGAUACUGAAGUGAGUUCUAGCUUAAGGAUUGAGAGCGAUGAUACUGAUGGCAGGACUGGAUUUUGUUUUGCCUCACAUACUGAAGAUGCUGGUGGGACUAACUUCAUGUUUACUGCAUCUUCCUCUGCUCAAGGUCAAUCAUCAGCUGGAAUGUUUUUCCACAAAAAGAAAAUUCGUGCAAAAGUAGUUCGUGAGAAAUAUAGUCCUCAGAAAAGAGUUGCACAUGCAUCAUCCACCACACAAUUCUUCCCAUUAUCUGAAAGAGUUUCACUUUUGCCCCCUAGGCAGGGUCAGAAAGGAGACCCACCUACUUUAUUGAGCAAAAGGGAGGAUACAUCGGAAGUAGUUAUGGAACCUGAAAGCAUGCCACAAGGAACUCCCUGUAUUCCUAGUGCAAGCAUUGCAGCUCAGGAAGCAUGUGAGAAGUGGCGAUUAAGGGGGAAUCAAGCCUAUGCAAACAGAGAUAUGUCAAAAGCCGAGGAAUAUUAUACACAAGGAGUGAAUUGUGUUGCUCAAAAUGAGAGUUCUCCCAGAAGCUGCCUCAGGGCUUUGAUGCUGUGCUAUAGCAACCGUGCUGCAACACGUAUGUGCCAAGGAAGACUGAGAGAAGCACUAGCAGACUGCAUGAAGGCGGCUGCAAUAGAUCCCAGUUUUUACAGGGUGCAACUUCGUGCUGCAAAUUGUUAUCUGGCCCUGGGGGAAGUUGAAGAUGCAUCACUGCAUUUCAUGAAGUGCUUGCAAUCAGGAAGCAAUGCUUGUGUGGACCAAAAACUGGUUCUUGAAGCCUCUGAGGGCCUGGAGAAGUCACAGAAAGUGUUCGAGUGCAUGAAGCAGUCUACAGGACUUCUGCAACGGGGAAUAUCCUGUGAUGCAGAGAGUGCUCUGGGAGUAAUUAUUGAGGCUCUGACAAUAAGCUCUUACUCUGAGAAAUUGCUUCAAAUGAAAGGAGAUGCUCUUUUGAUGUUGCGGAGAUAUGAAGAACUGAUCCAAUUGUGUGAGCAAACUCUUGGUUCUGCUGAGAUGAAUUGCUCUGUAAUAAGUGGUGAUAAGAACUUAACAGAUCUGGACCAUAUUGAUGUUGAAAAGAACCUGUCAUUUAGGCUAUGGCGAUGGCACCUUACUAUCAAGUCAUACUUCUAUCUAGGAAAACUUGAUGAAGCCCUUGAUUUUGUGAAGAAGCAAGAGGAAUCUAUCUCUACCACUAAAAAGAGUGGAAGCAAGACUUUGGAGUCGUUAAUACCGUUGGCUGGGACAAUACGCAUACUUGUACACCAUAAGGCCUCUGGAAAUGAAGCAUUUCAAUCAGGGAGGCAUGCAGAAGCUGUUGAACACUAUACUGCAGCUUUAUCAUGCACUGUUGAAUCACGUCCUUUUGCGGCUGUUUGUUUUUGCAACCGGUCUGCUGCCUACAAAGCUAUGGGUCAAAUAAUAGAUGCCAUUUCAGAUUGCAGCUUGGCUAUAGCUCUCGAUGGAAAUUAUCUGAAGGCAAUUUCUAGACGGGCUAGCUUAUUUGAGAUAAUUAGAGACUAUGAACAAGCAAUUCUUGAUCUGAAAAGAUUGAUAGCUGUUCUCACAAAGCAGGUGGAGGAUAAGGCCAAACAGUCUGGUGCAUCUGAUAGAACAAUCAGUGUGAAUGAGUUAAGACAAUCUCAACAUCUGCUUUCUUUAAUGGAGGAAGAAGCGAGAAAAGAAAUCCCCUUGAAUAUGUACCUCAUUUUGGGAAUUGAUCCAUCUGCCACAGCAACUGAAAUUAAGAAAGCCUACAGGAAAGCUGCACUCAGACAUCAUCCUGACAAGGCUGGUCAGUCGUUAGCUAGAACUGAGAAUGGAGAUGAUGCACUUUGGAAGGAGGUAAUGGAAGAAGUUAACAGAGAUGCUGAUAGGCUCUUCAAAAUGAUUGGGGAAGCAUAUGCAGUUCUUUCCAAUCCUACCAAGCGGUCGCAGUAUGAUCUAGAUGAAAAGGUGCAAAAUGCCCAAAAGAGAGGCAAUGAGGGCAGCACAUCAAGGAUGACUAAAGAUGCCCAGAAUUAUUCAUUUGAAAGAAGCAGCAGCCGGCGCCAAUUUCAUGAGGUUUGGAGAUCGUAUGGAAACUCACAGUCAAACAAGUAUUCAUGACAAGAGUUGGUUAGGUCUAUGCGAGGAACCUGGAAAUUUGGGAUCAAAACCUUUAGGAUGAUUCGGCCAACGAGCUACAAUCGUUGUGUGGAUUUGGUGAGAGUUCCAGCAUACGAGCAGGGCAAAGAUGGAAGCAUUCAUAUGGCUGGAAGCUAAGGGACUGAAAAAACAUCAUUCCAGAAAGUUUGAGAGGGGAAAAAGAAGAAAGAGUCGUUCUCUUUUAAGAUACUAGAAAAGAAAAAAAAAAAAAAAAAAAGGGGGCCAAUAUAUAAAAUAGCUCCACGUUUUUAAGUGGCCGACAAGAGUAUGUUUCAUGUACCGGCAACUUGUAUAGACAAUGUGAAUGCAUAAUCUGAUUAUGAAA